CAUUCCGGUGGUCACUGAUCGGUUUCGCCGAUCUCCACAGUCUCAUCUUGUUCACAAGGUUGUGGGGUUGAAGCCAAAAAAAUUGAAUUUUUAAUGCAAGUAAGUAUUUUUAUUCUGGUUUAUAUGCUUCUACGUCAAUGAAGGGUUGUCUUAUGGCAUGAUCACUGUGCCUUUCAGCGGAUUUCCCUUCUGGGUUUUUGAGGGUUUCGUGUUUGAUUCUGUGGGUUGGAUGAUUCUUUCAUAAAUUUGGGUUUUUUUGGGUUUUUUUUUUUCUGCCAUUUUUUUGGGGGUUUUAUUGAAGUGAUGUUGGACUUCCGAGAAGGUUCCAAUAUAAAGGUGUUACUAUUUGAAUUCUGUGGUUUGGCUUAGGGCUAGAAAAUUUUGGUUGGUUGUAGUGAUGGAAGCGCAUACUGAGCUCGAGGAAGGAGAGGCUUGCUAUUAUAAGGAUACUGAUGAAGGCAACGUUGACCUUGAUUCUCUAUCUUACAUUGAUGAGAAGAUUCAACAUGCUCUGGGCCAUUUUCAAAAGGACUUUGAAGGUGGUGUGUCUGCUGAAAAUUUGGGUGCAAAAUUUGGUUGCUAUGGUUCCUUUUUACCUACCUAUGAACGCUCUCCUUGUUUUCGGUCUCAUUCAAAGAUUCCACAAAGAAACCACAGCUCACCUAAAUCUCCUAUCAAUGUCCACAUUGAGGCUGUGUCUCAUAACACCGAAGCACCUUCAAAUGUGCCUCCUUCUGCGAGGCUUGGAAAUGCUUCCUAUAGUCCACAUUCAUUUCAUGAUUUAAGAGCACCUUCAGUAGAUAACUCAGUGUUGAAAGGCAGAAGAAUUUCUUCCGGUGAUGCAGCUGAGAGAUGCACUUUGAAAGAUGAUACUACAAAAAAGACAGGAAAUUCAACUGACCAAAGACCGCUGAAGUUUCGAAUCAAAAUGAAAUCUCAUAUCUUAGCACAAAAGAAUGCAGCAAUUUAUAGUGGCCUUGGGCUUGAUAGCUCUCCAUCUUCCUCAAUGGGGAACAGCCCUGUGGAAAGUGAAGGCAUGCCACCUGUAUCUCAAGAGAAUACUGAAGAUUAUGUAACUGCCAUUAUUCAGGAUAUGACUUCCUUUUCUAUCCCCGGGGGUGUUCUAAUAUCACCACUACAUGAAAGUUUUCUCUCCUUGAUAAAAGAGGAAAAAGUUAUUCAAGACAACAGAUAUAUGUCUCCUCUUAAUGGUCAUCAAGAACCUUUUCCCAUGUCUACUGAUGAAUCAGAUUCUUUUGCUGAGGAUGGGCAUUUGAAGAAGACGAAAGUGAGACAAAAUGAAAAGCAGCUGCAAUUGAAGAAUAUGAAUGGGACCAUUUCUGAGGAAGAUAUGACAUUGCAUACAAAGAAAAUGUUUGGAAAUAGAACACCAGAUCGUAAGGACUUUCUCUCGAAUGACUUGAAAAGGACACCUCUGUCAAGUUCAAUUUGUGAUGCUGGUGAAACUGCUGAAGUCACAGCUAAAGCUUCUGAAGUCUCAAAGGAGGUUAAUGAGAAUGGGUUGCAAGGCAGAAUGGUUUUUGUUGAAGCAUUGAAGGAGGAGUCGUUGGAGUCAAUAUCUGGUCAGGAUUUCAAGAAGAUUGAAAAGACAAAUGCAGGCAAUGGUUUUAUGAAAAAUGUUCUAGAGCAUAAACUAGAAAGUUUCCGCAAGGAUAAUUCUACUGAUCGUAAGAAUAAUGACAAGUGUAAUGCUAACAUGAUUUCCAAAAUGGUUGAGCAUGAUGCUGUAAAAUGUAAGGUAGAUCAAGUUCCUCAAAAGUAUGAGACCCAUCAGAAGGUAACAGCUGUAAAUGAGGGCAAAAAUAAGUCAAAAGGUGUUCAAAUUCCUGGAAAAGCCGAGGCUGUUGCAAGAAGAGAUAGCUUUGGUGGUAGUAAUGAUGCAAUGAUAACUGAUAAAGGGAGUGCUGGCUUUGGCAUUACUCAUAGAAGUAAAAUGAAUAAAUCAAAGUCACUUAAGGACAAAAAGGUCAAACAUAGUAACGAAGAUUCAUUGAAAGAAAAAAAAUCAGAAUGGAAAGUUGAUGUUCCUCCUGGUAAUAGUGCUAUGAAAGAUGCUAACAUUAAUAAUUUCAAAAAACAGAGUGUGUUUGGGGCUAAAGUAAAGGAAAGACCAAGUGGCAAUAAAGUGGUUAACCAGUUGCUAGAUGGGCCAUGCAUAAAAGAUGCUUCAGGUUCAUUUCCUAUUGCUGAAAAUGGCCCUGCUCCUGAAAUGAUUGCUUCAGCAGUAGCAGCACCUCAACUUAUUGCAGAAGAUUGGGUAUGUUGUGACAGUUGCGAGCAGUGGCGGCUGCUACCUACUGGUAUAAAGCCAGAUCAGCUUCCGAAGAAAUGGUUGUGCAGCAUGCUAAAUUGGCUGCCUGGGAUGAAUAGUUGUGACUUUAGUGAGGACGACACAACAAAGGCACUUUAUGCCUCGUAUCAAGUGCCAAUUUCUGUCAGUCAAAAUAAAAUGCAAAGCCAUGCCAAUGGAUCUGCAAUUGGAGUGAGCUCUGCUGAUGCUUUGCAAUUUGGCCCGAGUCUCAAGAAGUCCGGCUCUGAUGUUAAGUUUGAUCGAGGAAAGAAGAAACAUGUUAUUAAGGAAAAGACAAUGGCAGGAAUAAAAAAUGACAUGCUUCAGUUCUCAAACUCUGGAAAGCUCAAUGCUCCAGAAUCUGGAAAAAAUAGAAGCUUGAUUGACAUGAAUCAGCAUCCUGCAGGCUCAGACCCUAUGAAAAAGUUGAAUUCUAAAUAUUUUAGCGGGUUAAACAACUUGAUAGAUGAGAAAGAUAUGCCUAAAGAGAAAGAAAAGCACAUAAAUGGAGGUGAUAGAAAGCAUAUUAAAUCGAAACGCAAGAUGGAUGCUGAUCAAUAUAGAUCGGGGACUCCUAAGAAAUCAAAAACUGAUGUUUGCUAUGCUGAUAAACAAUUGAAUCCUGGCAUGGGCCUUGAGAAGGUGGCUUUAAAUUCAGGAAAUGGUUUGCCAACAAAGGCUCGUGGGAGGGAUAGGAGGAAGUCUGAUGAGUAUUGUUUAUCUGAGGAUGUACAGGACAAAUUACUAGUCCCUGUAAAGAAAGAGGGAGAUCAGGCUCAGGUCUCGUCUGGCGGUGAGCCCUUGGGUGUGAAAAACAGCAGUAAAAGUGAUGGUUCGAUGAAGAAAAGGAAAUUGAAGGGCUGGCUAGAUAAUGAGAAGCAUAAUAACACUUACUCCUUGUAUGGUGAUAAGCAGUGUGGCGAAGAGGACAAUUCAAAUAAAUUUAGGAAGGAGAAGAAGUCUAGAAUUUUUAAUGAAGAUGCAAAGUCAGUAACUGAAGGUGAUGAUAAAUCGAGUAAAGGUGGGAUGAGCCAAGUUUCAUUGACAGGCAGUAGGGACCAAAUGGUUCUUGGAACAGAAGUAAGAUUUGCUGAUAAAGCCCACCAACCAAGGAAGCACAGAAAAAAUAUUGCAUCUCGUCAAUCUGUGGAUGAUACGAAUCCAUUGGGCAAGCAAUUGGGCUCUGGACAACUUUCAUUGGCAGCAACUUCAAGCUCUUCUAAGGUUUCAGGAUCUUAUAAAGCUAAAACCAACUUUGAAGAUGUUAGAGGUUUGCCUGUAAAAUCUGUUACCUCAUCACAUUUGAGGAACUCCAACUUUGAUAAGCGUGUUUUGGCAGUAAAGGACGUUUCAGGGAAGGAUGAUUCUACAAAAGGUGGUCUAUCUUCAACAGGUUCCAGGAGAUGUGAGGAUAACAGGGAGGGAAAGCAAUCAGUAAAAUUGAAGGGGAAUAGAAUUUCAUAUAACUUACAUCCUGCAUCUGACAAAUUAUCUUCAAUAGAGUACAGGGUUGAGGAUGCUAAAGACAAAACCAGGGUCCUUGCUAAAACUUCUUCUGGAGUUAAGAAUAACCAUUUGAUUGAAAGUGGUAUUCUUGUUGAACAACAUGGCAAUUGUGCCAAUGCUAUGCAUCAUGUGAAGAAAGUAAACAAGGACAACCAGGAAAGUGAACUUUCUUGGCAGAAAUCUGGUAAGGUUACAUCCUUGCACAGCAAGGAAAAGGACAGAAGGUCUGGCUCUCAGGUUGGUACAGAUAACAUGAAGGUUUCAGCUUCAGAGAAUGAUUAUUCCAAAAAUGGGAGAAGCUAUGAUUCAGCAGUUGAUCCGAGUUAUCAUGCAUAUGGUCCUGAGACAACAAACAGUACUAAACACAGUUCUCCCAAGUUUAAAUGCGAGAUUGACAGUAUUAGUGAGAAAAGUGCUUUAAAACAUGGGUCAAGUGAUAGUGGGAAGCAAACUAAGCUAAAACAAAAAGACUUUGAGAAUUCAGUUCUGAAAAUGGAUGCUCAAUGUAGCACUGAUAGGAAGACUAUCUCCCAGCAGAACCUGACUCGUGAUUUUGAGGAAGAAAACAAAGCUAAUCAUGUAUGCACAGAAUUAAGAGAUGGGAAAUCCAAAAUUCUCUCAUCUGCUGUGGGUGAAGUAAAAAGGGAAACAUUAUAUGUGGGUUCUAGAACUGUACCUCGGUAUCAAAAGGGAGAUAUGUCAAGUGAGCAUCCAGUCCAUGUGCGUGGCAAUGGUAAUGGAGCCAAGUUAAUGAGAAAUUCUGCUGACGUUAGUAGCAACAAUGGAAUUAAUCAUAGUUCUGGAAAUUUUUCACCCGAUCAACAACUCGCCCUGUUAAGUUCUGUGAGAACAAAUUCUAGCCAUACUGCCAUUAACACCCUGGAAGAAGCUACAAAACUAAAAGAUAGAGCAGAUCAUUAUAAGGAGUGCGGGUUUGAUUUUGAAAGCAAUGAGACUUACUUUCAAGCUGGUUUGAAGUUUCUGCAUGGAGCAUCUCUUUUAGAAAAUUGUCACGGUGAGAGUAGCAAGCAUGGGGAGAGGAGUCAAAUGCAAAUUUAUGCUACUACAGCUGAACUUUUCAAAUCCUGUGCCUAUGAAUAUGAAAGUCGCCAAGAAAUGGCAGCAGCUGCUUUGGCAUAUAAGUGCAUGGAGGUUGCAUACACGAGAGUGGUUUACUGUAAACAAUCUAGUACAAUCAGGGAUCGACAUGAAUUGCAAUCGACUCUACAAAUGGUUUCUCAAGGUGAAUCUCCUUCAUCUUCUGCAUCAGAUGUUGAUAACUUAAACAAUCAGGCGGCAAUGGAUAAGGCCACUUUGCCCAAGGGUACAACUGGUUCUCAGGUUGCUGGUAACCAAGCCAUAUCUGCUCAAACUCGUUCAACUUUGGUCAGGCUUCUUGAUUUUACUCCGGAUGUAAAUUUUGCAAUGGAGGCUUGUAGAAAAUGUCAGAGCGCUUUCACUGCUGCUAAGUUGAUCACAGAAGAAGCACGGAAUACGAACUGUAUAACUUCUAUUAGGAGGGUUAUUGAUUUCAGCUUCCAGGAUUUAGAUGAGCUUGUACGUCUGGUUUGGAUUGCAACAAUAGCUAUAAGUGGUGCUGGUCUUGGUGGUGCUAGAGAUUAACUUGGUCCUGUAUAUAAAGUAUCUUUUUGGUUUUUUACUUCUCUACUGAGAUGGCAUUGUGAAACGAAGGAGGGGCUAAAGGAUAUCUACCUAGAGUUGCACUUGGAAACCUGCUUAAGAUGGCAGGUUGCCCACAAUCUGUUACCCUUAUGUACAUUUGUACAAAAUUUGAUUGAUUAGAAAAUUUUGGAAGGUAUUUCUUAUUUUGAGGUUCUUCUUAAUGUGGAUAGGGGGUACAAUACAGAACACACACCCUUACAUUUUAUGGGUUAGGAAGAGGGAAGGGAUUCUUGGUUGUCAAGUGACACCAGAUGGAUAUUAUGUUAGUUCAGUGCUACAUUCUUUGCUCCACAGCUAUGGAGCCCCAGGAAAAAAACUAGAGUUUGGAAAUGUUAGGCAGCCAUUUUUGAGGGCUUUGAAUACUGAUAUAGUUAUAGUAGGUCCAUUGUUUAUGACAAACUCUCCUUUUAUGUUAUCAUAUCAAAGUUUUGAAUGAAUAGAAA